UGCCAGCUCUUCGGUUACGUGGGAAUCGAAGCUGUGCUGGACCAGAUGAAGAUCAAAACCAUGAAGACGGGCUUCGAGUUCAAUAUCAUGGUUGUGGGGCAGAGUGGGCUGGGGAAGUCGACAAUGGUGAACACCCUGUUCAAGUCCAAGGUGAGCCGCAAAGCUUCGCAGCCUGGCCAGGAGGAACGCAUCCCCAAGACCGUGCAGCUGCAGUCUAUCACCCAUGUCAUUGAGGAGAAGGGUGUGAAGAUGAAGCUGACAGUGACAGACACACCAGGGUUUGGGGACCAGAUCAACAACGAGAACUGCUGGGACCCCAUCAUCAAAUACAUCAAUGAGCAGUAUGAGAGGUACCUGCGUGAGGAGAUCCUCAUCACUCGCAAAAGGAAGAUCCCGGACACCCGAGUCCAUGGAUGUGUCUACUUCAUCCCCCCCACGGGUCACUGGCUGCGCCCACUGGACCUGGAGUUCAUGCGGCGGCUCAGUAAGAUCGUCAACGUGGUGCCGGUGAUCGCCAAAGCUGACACUCUCACGCUGGAGGAACGGGCAGAGUUCAAGCAGCAGAUCCAGGAGGACCUGAAGACCCACGCCAUCAGCGUGUACCCGCAGGAGGACUUUGACCAGGAUCCGGAUGACAGGGUGCUGAAUGACAGGAUUCGGGAGAAGAUCCCCUUUGCUGUGGUGGGAGCAGACCAGGAGCACCAGGUCAAUGGCAAGCGAGUGCUGGGCCGCAAGACCAAGUGGGGCAUCAUUGAAGUGGAGAACCCGACACACUGCGAGUUCCCCCUCCUGCGGGCCCUGCUGAUCCGGUCCCACCUGCAGGACCUGAAGGACAUCACCCACAACGUCCAUUACGAGAGCUACCGCGUGCGACGGCUGAAUGAGAGCAACCGCCCAGCGCUGAGCCCCCUCAAUGGGCUGCCCGGCAAGGGCGAGGCUGGCAGCGACCUCUGA